AUGGCUUCUUUCAUGAAAGCUACUACACAGCCAAAAAUAUCAGAAGUUGAAGGAUGGGUUACAAUAAAGGAUGCACAUUUCGAGCUCAACGGUUCACCAUUUCUUUUCAACGGCUUCAACUCAUAUUGGCUGAUGCACGUUGCGAGUGACCCCAACGAGAGGCACAAAGUCACCGAGGUGCUCAGGGAUGCCUCAGCCGCCGGCCUAUCGGUGUGCCGGACUUGGGCUUUUAGCGACGGAAACCGCUACAAUGGACUGCAAAUAUCUCCUGGCGUUUAUGACGAACGUGUUUUUCAGGGGCUUGAUUUUGUGGUCUCGGAAGCAAGAAAAUAUGGGAUUCGCUUGAUAUUAAGCUUCGUGAACAAUUGGAAUGACUUUGGAGGCAAAGCACAAUAUGUACAAUGGGCUAGAGAUUCAGGAGCACAGGUUAACAAUGACGAUGAUUUCUUUACUCAAUCUGUCCCCAAAGAUUAUUACAAGAACCACAUCAAGAAAAUUAUAACAAGAAACAACACAAUUACUGGAGUUGCAUACAAGGAUGAUCCAACCGUGAUGGCAUGGGAACUAAUGAAUGAGCCUCGCUGCCAAGCCGAUUACUCUGGAAAUACUCUUAAUUAUAAUUUGCCUUACUCUAAUAGGAGUAAUACGUAA